AUUUUCUCUGGUCUUGCCACCCGCUCUCCCUCUCUCUGUUCCGUUCCUUCCACACGAAGAAAGAUUCCACGAAAUUUCCAAGCUUCAUUUGUAAAAUUUUGAUCUAUUUCGACGGUUUCUGUUCCACAAAAUCCCAAAAUACUGAAGAUUAUAUUAAUUAAUUAUAUAUACAUGAAUAUUUUUACAGAUUCACAGAGCUUGUUUUCAUGGUGUUUCGGGGGGUUUUCGACUAUAGGGUUUUGGAUGUAGUUCGCUUGAAACCCUAAUUCUUCGGUGUAAUGAGCUGCUUCAUUGGUGAAUGGAGGGACCGAGGCCUCAAUCUUGUUCACUGCGCAAAUUUAUAGCCUCCUUUAGAAACCCUAGCCGCUGCUUAUUCUUCUUGGGGGUCUUCUUCUUCGGCACAGUUGCAUUGGCUUCUGCUUCUGACGAAGGUUUCUCGAUCACUGACCUCGAUUUGAAUCUCUUUCACCAAGACUACUCCCCACCGGCACCUCCGCCUCCGCCUCCGCAUCCUCCGUCCGUCUCCUGUGAGUACGAUCUCAAGGGCAUCGGCUCGUUGGACACUACAUGCAAAUUAUACUCUGAUUUGGAGCUCGUCGAUGAUGUGUAUAUAGAAGGGAAGGGCAAUUUUUAUAUCCUUCCUGGAGUAAAUGUCUAUUGUUUGGUAUUAGGGUGUUCAAUUACUGUCAAUAUCACAGGCAAUUUUAGUUUGGGCGAGAAUGCGACGAUUGCAACAGGUACUUUCUCUCUUGCAUCAAAUAAUGCAAGUUUCCUUAAUGGUUCCAUAGUGAAUGCUACGGGUCUGGCGGGUGCGCCUCCGUCCCAGACCAGUGGGACACCACAAGGAGUUGAUGGCGCGGGCGGGGGGCAUGGGGGAAGAGGAGCAUGCUGUUUGACUGAUACGAAGAAGCUUCCAGAGGAUGUGUGGGGCGGGGAUGCAUACUCAUGGUCGACCCUGCAGAAACCGUGGAGUUACGGUAGUAAGGGUGGGACUACGAGUAAGGAGGUAGAUUUUGGUGGAGGUGGAGGUGGGCGUGUUAAGUUUGAGAUAUUGAGGUUUCUUGCUGUGGAUGGGAGUGUUUUGGCCGAUGGAGGUGAUGGGGGGAGCAAGGGUGGAGGUGGUUCUGGUGGCAGUGUCUUCAUCAAAGCUUAUAAGAUGACUGGAAGUGGCAGUAUAAGUGCUUGUGGAGGAAGUGGUUUUGCUGGUGGCGGUGGAGGAAGAGUGUCUGUUGAUGUUUUUAGUAGACAUGAUGAGCCAAAGAUCUUUGUUCAUGGGGGAAGUAGUUUUGGUUGUCCUGAAAACUCAGGUGCUGCUGGGACUUUCUAUGAUGCUGUUCCUCGAAGCCUUAUUGUUAGUAAUCACAACAUGUCAACAGAUACAGACACACUUCUUUUGGAGUUCCCUUAUCAGCCUCUUUGGACGAAUGUCUAUGUUCGAAAUCAUGCUAAAGCUGCUGUUCCUUUGCUCUGGAGUCGUGUCCAGGUCCAAGGACAAAUUAGUUUAUCCUGUGGUGGUGUUUUGAGCUUUGGGCUAGCUCAUUAUGCUUUAUCAGAGUUUGAGUUAUUGGCGGAAGAACUGUUAAUGAGUGACUCUAUAAUCAAGGUAUAUGGGGCUCUACGAAUGUCGGUAAAAAUGUUCUUGAUGUGGAAUUCAAAAAUGCUUAUAGAUGGUGGCGGCGAUGCAACUGUUGCAACUUCCUUGCUUGAGGCUAGUAAUCUGGUUGUUCUAAAGGAAUCAUCUGUCAUACACUCUAAUGCAAAUCUUGGUGUUCACGGACAAGGUUUAUUGAAUCUAUCUGGACCUGGAGAUUGGAUUGAGGCACAACGGCUGGUUCUUUCUCUGUUUUACAGUAUAUAUGUUGGUCCUGAAUCUGUUUUGCGCGGUCCCCUAGAAAAUGCAACAACUGAUGCUGUAACGCCAAAACUUUAUUGUGAACGCCAGGAUUGUCCUGCUGAACUGCUACAUCCACCUGAAGACUGCAAUGUCAACUCCUCACUAACCUUCACUCUUCAGAUUUGUCGAGUGGAAGAUAUUACUGUUGAAGGGCUGAUAAAGGGAUCCGUAGUUCACUUUCAUAGGGCAAGAACUGUAGCUGUCCUUUCCUCUGGAAUAAUAAGCACAUCUGGGAUGGGCUGUGCAGGUGGUAUAGGUAGAGGAAAAGUUCUAAGCAAUGGUCUUGGCAGUGGUGGUGGACAUGGUGGCAAAGGCGGAGAUGGACGUUUCAAUGGCAGCUGCGUUGAGGGAGGCGCGUCAUAUGGAAAUGCUGAUUUGCCUUGUGAACUUGGUAGUGGAAGUGGAAAUGACAGUUUUUCUGGUUCAACUGCAGGUGGUGGCAUCAUAGUAAUGGGUUCACUGGAGCAUCCGUUGUCAAGUUUGUCCAUUGAAGGUUCAGUUAGAGCCGAUGGAGAAAGUUCUGCAGGAAAUUCCAAGAAGAAAGGCUAUGUUAUCACAGAUGGUUUUAAUGGAGGUACUGGUGGUGGAUCCGGUGGAACCAUUCUUUUGUUUUUGCGUGCUCUGGAUCUUGGUGAAUUUUCUAGCCUUACCAGCGCUGGAGGACAUGGUAGUCCAUAUGGUGGUGGCGGGGGUGGCGGCGGCAGGAUUCACUUUCAUUGGUCAGAUAUUCCCACCGGGGAUGUGUACCAGCCUAUUGCUAAUGUGAAAGGGACCAUAAUUACUGGGGGAGGUUUGGGUAGAGACAAGGGUAUUGCAGGGGAAAAUGGAACUAUGACUGGAAAAGCCUGUCCGAAAGGACUUUAUGGUGUAUUUUGUGUGGAAUGUCCAGCUGGCACUUAUAAAAAUGUUAGCGGAUCUGAUAGAAUCCUUUGUCAUCUUUGCCCAGCUCAUGAGCUUCCCCAUCGUGCUGUUUAUAUUGCUGUUCGAGGUGGUAUUGCUGAGACUCCUUGUCCUUUCAAAUGCAUUUCAGACAGAUAUCACAUGCCACACUGUUAUACAGCUCUUGAAGAGUUGAUAUACACAUUUGGUGGGCCUUGGUUAUUUGGUCUUCUUCUCCUUGGCCUCCUCAUCCUGUUAGCUCUAGUGCUUAGUGUUGCACGAAUUAAAUUUGUUGGAGUUGAUGAAUUGCCAGGCCCAGCUCCGACUCAACAUGGUUCUCAAAUAGAUCACUCCUUCCCUUUCCUGGAGUCCCUGAAUGAGGUUCUGGAAACAAACAGAGCUGAGGAGUCCCAGAGUCAUGUGCAUAGGAUGUAUUUUAUGGGUCCUAAUACUUUCAGUGAACCUUGGCAUCUUCCUCACACUCCUCCAGAACAAGUGAAAGAGAUUGUAUAUGAGGGUGCAUUCAAUGGCUUUGUGGAUGAGAUUAAUGCAAUAGCCGCUUAUCAGUGGUGGGAGGGAUCAAUGUAUAGCAUUCUUUCUGUUCUUGCAUAUCCACUCGCAUGGUCUUGGCAACAAUGGCGACGGAAGAUCAAAUUACAACGGCUACGUGAAUUUGUUAGAUCAGAAUAUGACCAUGCUUGCUUACGUUCUUGCCGUUCUCGUGCUCUAUAUGAAGGGCUUAAGGUUGCAGCGACUUCUGAUCUAAUGCUUGCAUAUGUAGACUUCUUUCUUGGUGGUGAUGAAAAGAGAACUGAUCUUCCUCUUCGUCUUCAUCAAAGAUUCCCCAUCUCUCUACUUUUUGGGGGUGAUGGAAGUUACAUGGCUCCUUUCUCUCUUCACAAUGAUAAUAUUCUCACUAGCCUUAUGAGUCAGUCAGUCCCUCCUACAACUUGGUAUCGAUUGGUGGCUGGUUUGAAUGCACAUUUGCGCUUGGUUCGUUGUGGACGCCUAAGAGUAACAUUUCGGCCUGUUCUUAGAUGGCUUGAAACUCAUGCCAAUCCUGCUUUGAGGAUCCAUGGUGUGCGAGUUGAGCUUGCCUGGUUUCAGGCUACAGCUUGUGGUUACUGUCAAUAUGGACUUUUGUUGUCUGCUUUCGAAGAAAUUGAGCAAACAUGCACUGGAAGCACUGAUGCUACUGUACAAACUGUGCAAGAGUCUCGUGCAAGUAGCAUUCCGAGGGAAAAUCCAUAUAGUUUUCUGAGAAAGGAAACACUCUUAGAUCAAGCCCAGAGAAGUAAUGAAAAUGUUGUGCGGCGGAAAAGGGCAUACGGAGGGAUUUUAGACUCUAACAGCUUACAAAUGCUCGAAGAAAAAAGAGAGAUUUUUUACCCCAUCUCUUUUAUAGUUCACAACACCAAACCCGUUGGUCACCAGGAUCUUGUUGGUUUGGUCAUCUCAAUGCUACUUUUAGGAGAUUUUAGCUUAGUAUUGCUUACUUUGCUACAGUUAUAUUCCAUUUCAUUGGCGGACGUCUUCCUGGUUUUGUCCAUCUUACCUCUUGGCAUUCUACUUCCCUUCCCUGCUGGUAUCAAUGCUUUGUUCAGUCAUGGACCUAGGCGCUCUGCAGGUCUUGCACGUGUCUAUGCCCUGUGGAACAUUACAUCAUUAAUUAAUGUUGUGGUGGCAUUUAUUUGUGGAUAUGUUCACUAUAGUGCCCAGUCAUCAUCUAGUAAGAAGCUUCCCAACUUUCAGACGUGGAGUUUCAGCAUGGAUGAAAGUGAAUGGUGGAUUUUUCCUACUGGAUUGGUUGUGUGUAAAUUUAUCCAAUCCCGACUUAUCAAUUGGCAUGUUGCAAAUCUUGAGAUUCAUGAUCGAUCUUUGUAUAGUAACGACUUCGAGCUGUUCUGGCAGUCAUGAGAUCGUUCGCUCCCCAAGUCAACGUGUUCUUUUUGUUUUUGAUUUUUGUUUUACUUUACCCUCUUUUUUGUAUGUUGUUUUUUGAAUGUAGUGUAGGUGAGUGACACACACAAGCACCGUAAAGAAAAAGCAAAAUGAUAAAGAAAUAUAGAGGCAUUCCUUCCCUGUAAUUCCUUUUUGAACAUGUGCAGCCAUAGUUUGUCUUCUAAUGUAAAUAUCAAUUGGGGUAUUCCCCUGCUUUUAAGCAGUUGUGUUCCCUCUUCGUUCAA